UGAACAUCCAAUGAGAACGUGUUUUGUCACUGGAUUAGUGGAGCAAAUGUAAUUAACACACAUGUCUCUGUGAGGACUAAAACAACAGAGUCACUAUAACACUACAUAGCUCAUCACUGAAACAAACAGGAGACAGUUCUUGAAUUUGAGGAUUAUUGGACCUGGAAAGUCCUUGAAAGGUCCUUGAAGUUAACUAAGGUGUGGGAACCCUGUAAUGAGACUGCUAAUAGGGAUUAAAAAAGGAGAGGGUGUGUUCACACUGCCAGCACACAUUUAUGUCCAAACAUGGAUUUUGCAAAAUAGGUGCCCUUUAAUUUGCUGUUUCUCUUUUCAGUUGGUGCAAAAUGUCCUGUCUGGAUGGGGUGUCCCUAAAAAUCCCUCGUGGUUUUCUUGAGGAAGGCCAGGAGGAGUUGAAGCUCAUCACAGCUCCAGAAAUCACUCUACCUGACUACCUGAAGAUACUGCAGGACACUGAGUACGUGUUCAGCCUGGAGAACUGGGUCCUCACGGGUCUCCAGAGCGGCUUUCAAACCCUCUGUCCACGUUCUUCACGCGAGCAGUCGGCCACUUGUCCACCCUACUGGAUGAUGUUCAGCAGUCCUCAGGAGAGCAGGUUAGCCAGCCGCUGGAGCAGUGACUUCUGGGAGCCCAACCCUCGUCCACGUAGCCGCAGUUUAAAUGCGGCCCAUUACCGCGCGAUGAAGGACCAAGUAAAAUACGCCAUUUCUGAUUCAGAAGGUGAAGAAUUUGAGGAAGAUGGAGCUACUCAUCAUGAAUGCAAACAGGGUGGAAAGAAAUCCUCGAGCGCUUCUGGAUCAUCAAAUUUCCUUAAGCUGCCUUGCACUCAGCGUGAGGGGAACGUGCGACAAUCUUCUCUCCGCAAGACUAACUUGCCCAAAAUAAAUCUUCAGGGGACCCAAAGGUCUGCUGGACAUCCAAGCAUGUCCUUUAUGACCUCAAACAACUGCUUGCCGUCUGAAUGCAUUUCUUCGCUAAGGAACAACAAAGAGACUCCAAAGCCCCAGGGUUCACCGGCCCCAUCUCGACCACUUAAUUCCCACGCUGCUGCCCUGGACUGUUCUGUCGAGCUGCUUUCCGCUCUCAGCCCGGAAGAGAGGGAGCUGCUGUCGGCCAUAACCGAGCGGGGUUACCCUCUCCGGACCGCCAUCAUCGCCCUGCAGAAGACGGGCCAGCAGAGCCCAGAGCAGAUCUUGAGAUAUCUGGUGGCUUGUGAUAGGCUUUGUGAACUUGGCUAUGAUGAAGCACAGGUUGAAGAAGCGCUGGAGAUGUUUCAAAACUGCGAGACCAAGGCCGAGGAGUUCCUUCAUCUUCUUGCACAGUUUAAUGAAAUGGGUUUCCAGCAGAACACCAUUAAAGAGGUCCUGUUAGUGCAUGAGAACCAUAGAGAACGAGCCCUAGAGGAGCUCAUGACCCGCGUGGCCUGACCAAUCACCUUUGACAUGAAUUAACUGCCAUGAUGAUAUUCAUAGCAGUCAAAUAGUUGUGGUUUAUAUUUUUUAUAUACUAAAAUGGGUUUAUUUGAAGAGUUAAGUUCCAAAACGCAAUAAAUUUUGAUUAAUUUUGACUAAUUUCGGUAAAAACGUGUUUUCUAUACCAAGAAAGUGACAAGAUGAAAACCACUAUUUUCUGUUAAACAACUUUCACAUAGCAUCUUUACUUUAUAAUAACAUUAGAAAUUUAAAUCCAUAAUUUGAUUUUCAAAGAUUUAUACUAAAAACUGAUUAUUUUUGCCCCAAAAUGCAAUAAAUCCAUGACAAGUUUUUUUUCCCAAAAUGCUAUAAAUCUAUUGAAUCAAUAUACAGUAUAAAUGUGCAUUCAUCUUUGCCAUGUUAUAUUCAUUAGUUGACUAGUGGUAUACACUAAUUAAAAAUAUAAACAUUAAUGUCAUUAAUCAAAACACUUACUUUGUCGUCGCUGAAUUUUUUUGACAGCGAGACAGCGAUCGGCUGUAAAAUGUUUUAGUCCUGCUGGAUUUUCGUUGGCUUUGCAUAAAAUAAUGGAAAGUUUUAUAUAAGAUUCGCUGGGGUCGAUGUGUUAACAUGACAGAAGCUUGAUGCUGUCGGGAGAACAAGCAACCAGCAUUUUUCGUCUCCCGAGUGCCUCUCAUGUAAUUAUUAGAUGUUGAUGGCUUACGUUUCUUUCCCGUCACAGAAAACCACCACAGGUUUAGCAAUGCCAUCAAAGUAUUUUUUUGUUUGUUGAUCACGAAGUACAAGAUGAGGAAAACUAGGAUUCAGUGUGUAUGUAACGCGCCACCAUUGUUGUUUACAUUACGUGGAAUGGUGCGCUGUUUGCUGAGCGGAUUUAUUGUUUUCUGUAGAAAAGGAGGAGUGACGUUUAUUGCGUUUUGGGAAAAAAGGGAGAAAAGAUGACAGAAUAACACGGCAGAUAUCGGAUUUUGCUUAAAAUUAAGAAUUUACUUUUUAAUACUGACCUGAUAUAAUACUGAAUUUGGCAGUAACUCAUAAAAAAAAGGCGUUUAUCGCGUUUUGGAACCAAACUCUUCAUUUGUUGUGCAGUAGGCUGAAAGAGAAGCAAAGUUUCAUCGUGUAGAAAGAACGCUGCAGUUCGUUUUUAACUCUUUUCCCGACUUUGAAGAGUUAUCUCGUCAAUUAAGAGAAAACAUUUCCCUGUCAAUUUUUUAAGGUAAUCUGUAUUUCCGCCAUUAUCCACUAGAUCAGUGGUUUUCAAACUGGGGGCCGCGAGAUGGUGCCAGGGGGGCCCCAGUUUUAUGACAUUUUAUGAAAUACAUAAAUUUAUCAUCAAUUAUGUGUAGUUAAACCUAAAAAAAUAAGGCUACUAACCAAAAGCACUACUUUUUUGUAUAAUUUAAUGUUUUUUUAUUAAAAUGUUGAGUUUUAGAACAGUUUUUUGUCACAAAUUUUCUUUGGGGGCCGCGAAGGAAUGCACCGUACAUAAGGGGGGCCGCACGCUGACAAAGUUUGGGAACCAUUGCACUAGAUGACCCAAUUGAUAAAAAACUGAAGCAAAAACAAAAUUUUCAACAUUUAAAACUCUGUGUAUGUUUUGAUAAUCGUUCUGAAUCUGAACUCUAUCAAAAUUCCUUUAAAAAAAUUUUUGUCUUUGCAGCAGCAAUAAAACUUUUCAUUUGCUGCUUUACUUACAGACAUGUAAACCAUGGUAAUUUAUUAUGUUCAUGUUUUAUUAAUAUUACGUGAGUAGAAUAUGUUCAUUAUUAUUACUAUGUUAUUUGUUAUCAUUCAUGCUAUUAUUAUAUUUGCCUUAGAAUUGUUCAUCACAUAAACAAAUUUAAGCAAUCAUAGGCGUUGUGGCAUCAAAUUGUUUUCAGUUUUCUACUGUAUAUAAUGCUUUUAUUUAUAAAAUGCUAAAAAGUUAAAAAGUGUCAUUUGUCAUAUUUUGGUCUGUGCUUAUAUCCUUAUAUAUUUGUUAACGGUUUCAUCGGACGCACGUGAUACACGUCUGGAUCCGAACAUUACUUCCGGUUUCGUUUUUUUAAUGGUCUGACUAGUUGCUAAACUGAUCUCUUGAACAAAUGCCUCGUCGAAAAUAACAAAUGUUUUGGUUUCCUAUAAUCUAUGUGUUGUUUUUCGCUUAUUAUAUAAAUCAACUACGUUUAAAGAACUUUGUUGUUAUUUAUUCUUAGCAGAGUUUACCGGAAGUUAUGUGCGGACCACGACAGCCGCUUGUUUAUGUUGUUACUGCUGAAACCGUCUAUAUGAUGAAUUAAGUGUGUUUACUGCAAGAAACAUUUGCCUACAUAUUCAUAAAGAAUUGAAAAGCCCUUUUGUUUAAAAUGAUGUACACUACUACAGUCAUAUCUUUAAAAAAUAAAGCUGAGUGAAUAACACAGACCUGGCAACAUCUAUGUGUUCUUUUAUUAAACUGCCAAACGCUUGGACUCAGUGUUUUCUUUUUUGGUAAGCUGUUUAGUUAUCGGUAUCUCAAUGUAAUGAAUGAACCCACUGCAGCAGUGACCGAAGCAUUCAGGAAUGUUUGGAUAUUAUUCUCAGGAGGGUCUGAAUGUAACCGUCAAAAAUGUUUCCAGUCGGUUAGACUCAACCAAUUCAUGAGGUCAUGAUGAAUUGUAUAAAGAAAUAUAAUUUGUGAUAAUAUUUAUUCUUUUAUGCCUUCCAGCCAAACUUAAACAUUCUCAUCUAACUUUAACUAACUGCCCUCGACUGACCCGCACUCCUCUGGUAUGGAUGCUCCUGGGAUCAGCGGC